AGCUUGGCAUUAUCUGUUUUCAUGAUUUCAUUCAUUAGACGUUGGCUAAAUUCCUGCCAUUCAUUAUCUGUUUGCACGUAAAUUACAACAAUAGGUUGACAUCUGGGGAGGUUUACUUGAGAUAAGGGCCUUCUCUUCAGGCUAACUAAUCGUUUCCUGAAGACCAAGAAAUGAAUGGCUAAAUAUUCUUUAAACAAAGAAGAACGUAGAUAUACCUUCCUGUUUAUGCAUCCAAUAUAAAGAUUUCAUUUUUCCACUUUUAAGCCCAGAAUUAAUCAUCCUCAUUUCCACCAUGAAUUCACAGGAGACAGUGACUACUAAUGCACAAGGUGAUGUGGAGAAAAGAAUUGAAACAAUAGAUUAUCGGUCAUCGGCAGGGCAAGGCCAAGAGAUGAGGAACGUGCAGGUGAUUCAUCAGUCAAAUCCCAAUAAGGAGAAGUCAAACACCAGUGGCGGUGUCCUGUCGAAUGCUGCAGCUUCCGUGGCUUCCACCCUUCAGUCUGCUAAGGAGGCAAUUAGCAGAAAUUCCAGCUGAAUAAUUCUUAAGAACACAUGACAACAGAGUCUGCUCGUAGUUUCUUCAUUUAUGUAUCUUAACUUCUGUUUACUUGAACGUUAUCGAUCUUGAUUGGUCCUCUAUUCUUUUUUUUGUUUUUUUGUUUUGCAACUUGUAGUAAUCAUUCAUAUAAACGAUUUGUUAGAUCAUGGAUGGUUCUGGUAUCAUUCUGACUCAUUAUGA